UUCAAUAUGUCUGCGCCCAUGGAACACAAACGUAAACAUGUAGUUUGGGCAAAAUAUUGACCGAUUUGGGCAGGGCAAGGAGACUAUGAAAUGGAUACUGCAGUGAAUGAUAUUGCAAGGAAAGACUCUGCAGACUUGCAUCACUUACUUCCCGUUUCAUAUAGGGCAAUGGGCAUUGGCGAUUAUUUGAGGGACGUUUUUGCCCUCGUGGAGCGUUAUGAAUGGGUUUAUGACUUUCAACUAACCAGGUUCUUUGCAGACAGUGUAUGGAAAAAUAUUCCGAAAGAGUGGCACGAGGUAUUGCUCAGUUUGAGCAUAGAAAAGCUUAAUCAGAUGCCUACUGGUUACUUGCAGGUGGACUGGCCUCAGUCUCUGAAAUCUUUAAUACAACAAUCAGUAACGUUAUCACUUCCCAGACAACAGUGCAACAGUAGACUUCAACCAAUAAAAAUUGACAGGCAAAUGUGCCAGGGAAUGUCGCCCAAGAAACAACACGAAGUAUCCAAUAUGGCUGCCUAUGUGAGUGGAGUGUGCCAGGAGAUGCAGUGCAGUGCAGUGGUGGAUGUGGGUUCUGGGCUGGGUUACAUUGAUGAAGUAAUCCACUCUGUGACUGGACUCAAAGUAGUUGGUGUAGAAUCAGAGGCAUGUAGAAGCCAUGCAGCAGAAAAAAGGCUGGCGUCUCAAAAUAUUCCCCUUGGCGCUAUUGAAGCUGUGACUUUAAACAUGCAAGAUGAUGAGGAAACAGAAAGAAAGUUGCAAGAAAUGUUAGAUAAUUUAGAAUUUAUGGAUAAAUCAGUGAAAGGUUUGACAGACAAUGAAUGUGAUAUUCAGUCAGAAAAAGACAACUGCCUUCAGAGAUUAUCAGCACAUUAUGAAAGGCCUUAUUUGAAAGAUGGUCACCAUGGUAAAAAUCUUGGUCAGUUUGAUAUGGGACAUUUUACGUCUUUAAACAAAAGGAAUAAUGACAAUGAAAAACUAGAAACAAAGAGUGGUAAAUGUCAGCAUGAUCAGGACAGAAAUGGUGGACAUCUGAAUGUAUCAUGUCUUGACAGUUACGGAAUUACAUCAGCUUGCGAGAGUCAACUUUAUACAGCACCCUGUGAUACAGCCCAUACAGUAUCCAGUGAUACAGCCCAUACAGUAUCCAGUGAUACAGCACCCUGUGAUACAGCCCAUACAGUAUCCAGUGAUACAGCCCAUACAGUAUCCAGUGAUACAGCAUCCUGUCAUACAGCCCAUACAGUAUCCAGUGAUACAGCCCAUACAGCAUCCUGUCAUACAGCCCAUACAGCAUCCUGUCAUACAGCCCAUACAGCAUCCUGUCAUACAGCCCAUACAACAUCCUGUGAUACAGCCCAUGCUGCAUCCUGUCAUACAGCCCAUACAGCAUCCUGUCAUACAACAAAUGGUGACAAGAAAACAGUCUCCACUGAAUCUAGAGUUUGUAUGAUAGGACUCCACUGCUGUGGGGACUUAACCCCAACAAUGCUGAGACUGAUGACAAAGUUGCCGGAUAUAAAAGCAUUGGUUUGCAUUAGCUGCUGUUAUCACAAUAUGCAGUAUCAGGAAGCUGGGUACCAGAAUUUUCCAAUGAGUCACACCAUACAAACUUACCUUGAACAAAAUUCCAUCUCUUGGAAACUGAGUAAAUUUGGUGCCAGGCUUGCAGCACAAGAGACUAGUGCAAGAUGGAGAGCGCAAACCCACAUUGAACAUUCACAGCAUGUGAAACAUGUUGCAUAUCGUGCUAUACUAGAGGAAUAUGUAGACCAAGGACCAAAUGAUGCGAAAAAGCUCAAAAGAAGAAUUGCAAGAAAGAAGCAUUUUGAGUCUUUUGAUGUUUAUAUUCAAGCUGUAUUGGACAGAUGUUGCUUUGAAGGUGAGGAAUUUUGUGCAGAAAGUUGUGUCAGGUCUCUGAAGGAACUUUACAAAAGUCAUGAGAAUCACAUGAAAUUGAUAGAACCUAUUACAUGUCUUCAGGUCCUACUACAGCCAGUACUGGAGAGUUUGAUAUUGAUUGACAGAGGGUUUUACCUAGCAGAGCAUGGAUUUGAAACUACCAUUCUACCCAUCUUUGAUGAUUUCUUGUCCCCAAGAAACAUGGCUAUUACCGCAAUGCGCGCUUAAAAAUGGAUUUGAUCGUGCACAAAAAAGAUGCACAAAAACAGAUGCCAGAGAACAAAUGAAAACAAUUGACAGAAGGGUUGCUUACGGGACAAUCACAGAAUCUUUGAAAGAAAAAUAAAUUGUUGCUAAUACAGAUAAACAAAACCGUGACAUAACAUGUUUUAAAGAAUAUUCAUAAAUAGUAAAACGAUUAUGCAUCCCUUAUCUUUAUGAUUUAGGUUCAUGACAGGAUUAUUGAUAAGUUUAAAUUAAUGCAGGUGCUUUCAAUUUUCGGUAAAUUUGGGGCUCCAUAUAUCCCCACAGGGACAAUAAAUAAAUAUUUAUUUAUUGCGACAUUCGUUGCGAAUACUUUCGCCGAUGAUCAUUAUUUUUUGCGUUGUGGUAGACUAGUAUGGCAGCAUAAGGUGGUUUUAUGGGUUUUUUUUAGGUUUACGCAGCCGGAUAUCAAAUCACAUAGCGAUUUUACGACAGUCGUUUUCUAACCAAUCACGGUGACAGCGGAGCGUGGUGACGUGUUAUAGUUUUAACUGUGCAGUGAUGAUAAACUUUGUAUAAUAUGGAAACAGUGAACGUGUGUUUCAUUUGGUGAGUGUACUUCUUAUAACACUUCCCCAAAAUUCUUAUUUUCAAAACAUCUCUGAGUGAAAGAUCAAAAUAAUAUCGCAGCACAUAUUACUAUCAGUGUAAGUAUCAUUUCUUUACAGCAAGU